AUGGCUGGUCUUGUAGACACGCGCCUGUUGGGACGACCGAACAAGUAUUCAGGCAAUCGAGAUGAGUUUCCGACUUUCAGAUAUCAGCUGAUCAGCUACCUUGGCGCGAUUGACCCGAGGUUGGCAUCAGCAGUGACAACGGCAGCUAGCCACGGCACGGUCAUCACGUUGACCGAGAUGGGAGACGAUAACAAGCAGUAUGCAGCGACGAUGGGAUACAUUAUGUCACAGCUGUUGGGAGGCAGCUUGCUCACCUUGGUGAUGAACUGCGAGCAAGGAAAUGGAUUGGAGCAGUGGGGGCGACUAUGCAUGCGAGAAGAUGCGGCGACAAGCUCCAACAAGGUGACGCAGCUGCAGCUGUUAGUGAACACAGAGUUUUCAAGCAAAUGGGAGACCUACGUCGAAGAGCUCACGAAGUUUCUGUUGGACGUCGAUCGGUAUCAGGAGAAGUUCAGUGAGAUGAUCUCGGACGCCCUCAUCCAGGCUAUGAUCAGGAAGAACACGCCCGAGCCGCUCAGGACACAGGUGAUGAUGCACACGUUCACGUCCUAUCAGACUCUACGUGAGACCUGCGAGUCCUUCGCUCAGCAGAUGAGCCAGCGAGACACGAAGACGGCCCAGAAGAAGUUCGACCCCAAUGCCAUGGACGUAGACGCCUUCGGCCAAGGUGGCAAGGGCGACUCCAAGGGGAAGGGCUACGGCAGGUCAGACAUGAAGGGCGGCAAGGCGGGCGGCCAAAAGGGCGUAGGGGGCCGAGGCGGCAAAAGCGACGGUAAAGGCAAGACAAAAAGUAUGAAGGGAGAGGUGAAGUUCUUCGACGGAUGGUGCUCUAACCCGCACUGUGGCAAGUAUGGGCACAAGAUGGCGGGUUGCAGGAAGUACGGGGGCGGCGCGUACCAAUCUGGAGGAGGUCAACGGUCCGUGUCAGAGGUCCAGCCAGGAUCUUCACAGCCACCUGGAUCGGGCACAGCAAGUACGGUCCAUCCAGGCGAUUUAGCAUCACAGAUGUCGGUACCCACGCAGGCCACAACACGUGUGCCUGGACGGGUGCAGGCGGCAGUACUACCAGAGGACGAAGCGGGGUGGAUUUUUGCGUUCACGGACGACCACGGCGGGGACGAAUGCGGGAUGCUCGUUGACAGUGGAGCUCACACUCAUGCCGUACCAAAGACUGUGACGGAUGGGUGCGAACACACGGGCGAGCCAGGUCAGUCCCUGCGAUCGAUUACUGGAAAGGGUAUACGGACAUGGGACAAGCGCACGUUGACUGGAGAGGUUUUCGAUUCAAAUGCGACGAUCAGUGCGAAGCUCAACGUCACUCCAGCUGAAGUCGCGGAGAUGAACGAUGCAGGUUAUUCAGUACACUUCGACCCUGACGGAGCCAAGAUGUUCAGAAGCAACAAGAAUGUGCAGCAUGAGAUUGACAAAGCACUGGAGUCUACUGUUUCACUCCAGCUACGUCGGAAGGUGAAUGCAUUUCUUCUUCCGAUGAGGUUCAAGGAUCCGACGGGCGACGAGUCUAUCAUCGGAGACGUCGACGAGCAACCUGAGAAGGAGGACGCACAGAUGAAGGAGGGGUCCGUCGAGCAGGAGCCUGCCGAGAUGCAGAUCAGCAGUGGGGCGGCUAGUUCACGCCAGUUCAAGUGUUGGGAGAACUUGCCAGAGCGCACAUUCGGAGAGGACCGAAGGACUGGAUGCCUCAUGGGAGUUGUUGUCGAGGCGAAAGAGAACCAGAGCUACGCCAUAGCAGCCACCAGCGAGUUCUUGGACGAGCUGGGCUACAUGAGCAUGGAAGUGCAGUUGGACGGCGAACCUGCACUGGGGGCCCUCAUGAAUGGGGUUGUGUCUGAGCGUAUCAAGAAGCUUGGCAAGGAGGCUGCGGAGGAGUUGAGAUUGGCACCGUAUACACCACCCAUGCUGGAGUUCGGGGAGACGGUGAUCGGUAAGGGGCACACCGAGCUGCAGAACAAGCUGGGCACGGCCUGGUGCAAAGGGAUGUGGCUUGGACGCAGUGCGAAGAGUGACGCUCACAUCAUAGGUACAGCAACGGGGAUAGUUCAAACCAGGACGGUGAAACAGCUUACGAAGGAGGAGAGUUUCGAUACGGAGAUUCUCAGAGCUAUGCGAUGGACGCCGUGGAAGACCUCGGUGAAGGAUGGAGUCUAUGACGGCGAGCGCUGGCAGCCAACGGCCAUGGCAAUCAACGAGCACCAGCAGGGCCAGAGCCAGCACAAAGUCGAGAUCCAGUUUCGGAGGUCCGGCAGCAGGUGCAUAGGUCUGGUUGGAGCCAUCGAGGACAUGAGUACGGAGGACCUCAAGAGGCUCGUGGCAGGCUUCAGCGCCGAGGAGAUGACGAGGCUUGCGGCCGAGGUCGACAGAGAGACAAAGGACGACAGCGAGUUCAGCGUCGUGAUGGGCUGGACGGAGGACGACGAGUGGGAGGCGAAGCAGUGCGAGCUGGAUCGGUUCGACAACUGCGACGCGUGGGAGCUCACCCUCAGGGGCCCUCACGGGCCCAAGGCUCUUACAUGGACAUGGGUCUUGGAGAUGAGGAGUGGCGAGCUCAAGGCAAGGCUUUGUGCGAGGCCAUUCGGUAAGCAGAUCAACAAGAGCAAGAGCGAGCUGCAUUGCCCCACUCCACUUUCGUUUUCACUCAAGUUGCUCAUGGCGUGCGCUAUCGUCAAGGCGGCCGCGAGGUUCAGAAGCACCAACGGCCUCAACAUGUUCGUUUGCUUAGAGAGGCCUGAGCGCCAGUACGCGGCGAAGGAGUGCUCGAGGGGGAUGUCGCGACCCACGGUGCAGGCCGAGUUCAACGCGCUCGUGCGCGUCGGUAUCGAGGCGAGGGGUGCCCAGACAUAUCUCAAGGAGCUCCUGGACGACACAGUGCCUGUGACGCUGGAGAGUGACAACUCUAGCGCGCUCACGAAUGUCGAGAAGAAGGGAGUUGGUAGGAUGCGCCAUAUCGAGCUGAAGGACCUGUGGAUCACGGACCUCGUCGCACGGAAGGCGGAGACGAAGGUCAGCGCCAACAAGGUCCAUACCGAGGAGAAUGCAGCAGACAUCGGGACGAAGCAUUUGUCGAGGAUCGAUUUCAUGAAGCAUCUGACGGCAAUGAAGAUAUGGCUUACUGGAAAAGGUGAAGUUGGAGGAGUUUCGAGUUCAAGCAACGACAAGAAGGGCCAGAUCGGUAAACCUGCGCUGGAGCUAAUGGGUGCACUUACCCAGUGCUUAGUGGGUCUUGGUGCGUUUCUCCAAGUUGGACGCGCAGAUGCUACUGAGAUAAUUAAAGGUGACUACCAGCCAGUCGCGAUCUCAAGCCCUGCAGAUGACGAGAGCCAUUUUGGCGUUUCCACAACGGUCGUGAUGAUGAUGCUCACCCUUUUGAAUGUUAUCGCAGCGAGUGCAGUCUUCAAAGUCAAGCAGCACAUCGACCGUAUCAUGCAGCCAGCACAGAAAGAUGUCUCAACUCAGUACAGCCUGAAGGACACGAUGAAGAAUGGAGCUACGAGCAAGAUCGUGGCCAAUGAUCUUCGGGCUAUGUUCGCAGCUAUGACUAUAGACAGUGGACGGGAGUUUCUACGACUACGGCGGGUGGAUCGGGCCAUCUCGACAUAUACAAAGGCGAUGGUGGUCGAAGCAUGCGUGGCGACCGCCCUCAACGAGAUAAGUCAGGACAAGAUCUACAAUGUUGAUGGGUUGGUCGGGAUUUGGCACCCUCGCUCGCUGGCCAUGAUUCGAUAUUGA